AACUAACCUGGGACCUGCAACUCUGUCUGGUUGUCUCCGCAAAAUCCUAGCGUAGUCAAAGUUUGAUGUGCGGAUAUCUGUUGGGAUGAGGUCGUAUGAUUGAGCCAAGGGAGAGGCGGCAGUUCGAACGCUCUAUGCACGCUUCGUGCCGAGCCUUGACAAUCACCGUACGCCGUCCUUUCCUGAUCUGCCCUGCUGUUAUUCUUGAUGUCGGGGGAGAAUGGACGGGGUGGAGUGCACUUAUGCAGCUUGUGCAUAUCUCAUCGGCCCGACGUACACGCAGGAGACGUCAUCUCAAAAUUACUAUUCUCGCAAACCAGCUGCGGCUGCUCAGUGUGCUCAGUCAAACAUAUCGUCCGAACAGGAAAUGCAGUUCAUCGCAAUUCAAAACACCCGAGGUGUGCCCAGGUCCGCGGCGCGGGCGAUCAAACAUCCAGAUCAGGCUGCUGCUGCGCACGGAUGGGGAAGCCCACGGCAUGUGCCUCUGGACUCUUCCCAAACCUCCAUGCGCCUCAAUUGCACUUCAGCCUUUUCAACCGCCUGCAGUUUUGUCAUUGGCGGAGGGGCAGAGGCGAGCAAGGCUGUAAUUCUGGCCAAUUAUUGCGCGUACCCGGCUGGAUGGGUGGGGCCAUGAAGGCGGCCGCAGAAGAGGCCUCCUAUACAUGGAUGUUUUAAUAUAUUGCCGGAGUCCGAU